CAAUUGAAGCAAAGCGGUGGGCGGUGCUUAGGGUUCAGAGGUUACCUUUUGAGCUGCACACAUUUCACCCACAUGUGAUUGUAAAUACAUCGGAUUUAAAGUCAUAACAAUGGGAAAGAAGCGACGUGGAAAGGCUCACGAUGGGGCGGAUCCGCCCGGGAAGCCCCGACCUUCUAAGAGUGGUGAGGAGAAGCCAGUCGGGACCCCCGCUGGGGACCAGGACGACCACUUCAACCAGAUCCCCUUCCGGCUCCGCGAGAUCAUCAAGAGCAAGGAGUUGAUGAAGAAGGGGAAACCGAAAGCUAAGAUAAUUAAAGCUGCCAUUCCCUUAGCCACGACGGAGGAAUCUCUAAUCGAAGAGAUCGCUGUCCCGCACUUCAAGAGGAAGAAGGAUGAGAGUAAGAAGGCGUACCUAAGCCGCAUGAACACAGAGACAGACCACGUCAUGUUCCUCACCAAGAACCAGGUGGAGAGGAAACCAGAGCUGGAGGAGGAGACGAAGGAGAAGCCCGAAGCCAAGGUCAAGUCUGAGAAGAAGAUGGAGUACAAUCAAUCCCGAUUGAACCGACUGCAUCAGAAGAAACUCAACCGACAGGAGAAGGAGAUGGAGAAGAACAUGUUCAUAGACAAGGUGAAGUUCGGGGAGGUUGCAAUGGAACCCCCCACGUUCACCGCCCAACCCCGGAAGGCCCCAGCAGCCAAGAACGCGGUUUCCAAGGGUCUGCUGCUGAACUCGCUGCUGGGCCACGAUGUGGUGUCCACCGUCUCGCCCUCCAUGGCCCGGAAGAGGAUCAUGGAGGAGGAGCGCGUCCGCGUAGUGGAGGCGUACCGCCACCUCAAGAGGCAGAAGCAGCGCAAGCAGGAGCUCAGGGACGCCUCGCUAAAGACCCUGAAGAACCUGUAACCUAGACACACACACACACACACACACACACACACACACACACACACACACACACACACACACACACACACACACACACACACACUUGGAGCAGCUCCAUUCGACUUUCUUGGUUUUGAGUCAGAGCUUUGGUGUUGGAGAACUGCGACGUAAACAUUAUUUCUCUAUUCUGACGUGGAAUGUGGACGUGGGCCUGGUUGUUCGAACUGAUGGGCUGACUGGAACGUACCAUCUGGGAACGUCCGAUGGGGGCUCCCGGUUCCGUACCCAACCGACAGCAGCCGUCUUGCCAAUCUUCAGACUGAAUAUGACCUGUACGAGGUCAAAGACCACCAGCUAAACUUAUCAUAUUAUAUUAUGUUGGUCCUUUUUAUAACAUUAUCAGUACAAAACCGUAUAUACUGUACUGACCCAUCAUCUGCAGUGUCAUUCUUACAGCUGUCAUUGACUCUGAAGUUGUAGAGUUUGUAUCUUGGUUUCCCCACUAGGUGGCAGUAAACUCGACAGAGUAGAACUCCUAUUACGCUGUUUCAGUGAGAGUUUUUUCAUCGAUUGAAUUGGCUUUGUGUGACUUGUGUGACUGGGUGUAAGUGACACACCGUGUAGCUGUUCACACAGUUUGGUUUUAAAUAAUUGUUUCUAACCUGUUGUUAUGAUAAACCUGACUUUUUUGUUUAUAUGAAAUGGUUAUUAAACGCUUUAAAAUAGCACAAAUCGACUGGCUUUAUUGUGGAACCGUCU